AUUGAAUUCAGUUAUAAUUUCUAAACACAACUCAACACAUAAAAUAUUCCCCAAAAUGGAGCGUUGGCAAAAUAAAAUCGCUAUGGUAACUGGAGCCGGUUCUGGUAUUGGUGCUGCCACCUGUAAACUUCUUUUACAAAAGGGUAUGAUUGUGGUGGGUCUUGAUAUACGUCUUGAUAAAAUAGAAACACAAGUGAAACCUACUUUGGCCAUGGAACAACAAAAUAAUUUCCACUGUCUUAAUAAUGCUGGUAUUAUACGACAAAAAGCUCUACUAAAUCCAAAUAAUUCAGAAGAUAUUAGAGACACCAUAGAUACUAAUCUUCUGGCAAUUGUUUGGUGCACACGAGAAGCCUUUCAAAAUAUGAAGAAACGUAAUGUCGAUGGUCAUAUAACAAUUGUCAAUAGCAUAUGUGGUCGUUUAGUGCCAAAUAUACCGGGUCAAAGUACAAAUAUAUAUCCACCCUCUAAGCAUGCUGUUACUGCUUUGGUGGAGGUGUUAAGACAGGAGCUUUUAGCUCAAGGUUCUAGAACAAAAAUUACGAGCGUUAGUCCUGGUGCCUGCCGUACUGGUAUUUUGGGUGAUGAUAUUCCAUAUCCUUCUCAAAUACCCGCUCUAAAUCCUGAAGAUGUAGCUGAUGCCAUUGUAUUUGGUAUACAAACACCACCUCAUGUUCAAAUACACGAUUUAUUUAUACGCCCUUUGGGAUUUGAUUAUUGAAAUUUUGGGGUAACAUGA